UCGGCUCGCGCUGCGAUCAUAAAGUGGUGACAGCUAUUGUCGUAUUAAUCCAGAUUUAGAUUUAUUUUAGGAUAGUAAUGAAUAAUCCCGCGGAGCAAAACAUGACAGACGCGGAUAAAACACGGCAGGAGGAGGAUUAUGUUGGGGAGAUCAAAGGGGGCCUGCGUCCGUCUAUGAGACUGGUAGUGAUGGGCAUUGUUCACAAACAGCCUAAGAGCAUGGUGGUCUCAUUGUCCUGCCCGUCUCACGGGAAGGGUGAGGAGGAAGAGGAAGGGGACGUGGGGCUGCAGCUAACGGUGAACUUUGCAGAAAAGGCCGUGCGCCGCAACUCCCGAAUGGCUGGAAAGUGGGGAACCCCUGAAAGCGCUUUGUCUUUCUUCCCAUUCGCUGCUGGGGAGUCUUUUAAGAUGGAGAUUGUAUGUGAACACCAGCAGUUCCGUGUGAUGGUAGACGGUCAGCCGUUGUGUGGAUUCACUCACAGAGUGACCCAGCUAGCUUCCCUCACUUCCCUCCGCGUGGUCGGGGACCUGCAACUCACCAAGGUUGCUUAAUGGGCAAUCAUCGCCAUGGCAACACAGAGACGCUCUCAUUUCUCUAACAAACUCAUCCUUUUGUGUUUUACCAUCUUUUUUUACAUCAACAAUGUUUCCAUAUAUAUGUUACUACAUGGCUGGCAUGAGUACCUAUACAUACAGCUGUGCGCCCACAGCCAUCUGGAGCUUCGGGUGAUCAAACAGUUCCACAUCUAAUGAUGAAAUUUCCUCUGUUUCUGUGUACCCUCCACACAACCCUGCUGGAAAACAGCACAGACCAGCAUACAUUCCUUGCUGGUCUAAGCUGGUUUAUGCUGGUCUGGUGCUGGUUUAGCUGGUCACCCAGCAUUGUCAUGCUGGUUGACCAGCAUACCAGCAUCCAAAACACAAUAUACGCAGGUUUUGGUGAUUAUCAGCAUAAUCAUUUUGAUUUGCUGCAAACCAGCACACCAGCAUCCAAAACACAACAGAUGCUGGUUUUGUUGGUGACCAGCUAUGCAGGUUUUUGUAGCUAUCCCCUUCAAAGAAAAGUAAAA